UAUUUAUUAGAAAUAGAGUGCUAUAAAGUACAAUAAAUUAUCGGUAGAGUGUGCUUUUCAUAAUAAUAAUAAUAAGCUAGAGGAAGGUAAUCUGUUGGUAGUCAUCUUGUCUUUGCUGAUACAACAUCAAGCUAGUGUACUGAGAUGGAUAAUGUGUUUGCUGUGGAGAACAAGUCUUCAGAUUCGAGCGUUCAAUUCAUUAUAGAUAGACAUUUUAAUCAAUUAAGUGAAUACCAUUCUGUUCCUUUAGAAAAAAUGAGAUAUCAAUAUAAAUUAAGUGAACUCUUGGACACGCACCUAGAUAUAUUGGCACAGUUAGCAGAAAAAGGAUGGACAAAUCUACAAUAUUUAACUUUUGUGAGAGAUUAUGAAAAAUUAGGUUCUUGCUUCCAUGUUGAAGGAUCUAACAUUGAUUAACGAAAUUAGAAUCAUGGGUUUUAUUCCCGUAGACAUGGGGGAUUUCUAGCAGGUGAAGUCUCAUGCUGAGUUCUAGACGAGAUUUUUUUUUUUCGUCUUCUAACACAUGGAUGCUAUUCGAAAAAUGAUCGUGUCUGGGAUACUUACAAUCUGAUAACGAUCUGGGAGCACGUGUUGUUGGGGAGAAAUUCGAAUUUUUUUCGGUUUGUACCACGCUCUCGCUCGCACGUGCCUGGAACAGAGAGAGAAACGUAUGCUAUAUAAACAGAAGUGAUGAGAGGAAAAUGUAGGGAGAGGAAAAUGAUGAGAGGAAGAAGCAGGCGAAGAGGAAGUUGGUGUUUGGGGCACGACCCUGAGGUUGGCGGGGGAGAGGAGGAGGAGUCAAUCUGCUCACAAACAAAGAAACGUGCUGCAGUGGAGAACAAGUCAUCACUUGUCACCCUGAUGAAGGAAGUGCAGAGGGCAGAGGAGGAUGAGAGGAGGGAGAUGGACUCUGUUCAACUCAUCAAUCAGCCUGCACCCAAACCCUGGGUGCCACUGAGAGAGUUGAAAGAGGAUGUACCCUACCCCAUUAUCAGCGCAAGGGAGCAUACCAAUAAACACG